UUGAGGGCAAUGCACUUUCUUUUCCACAAUACACCAGCGAGGAGGGAUGUCUUCAUUGCUGUCACCAAAUCCUCGGUCUUCCCAUUGCCAUUCUGUGGCCAUAGGUGGAUUGAGAACUUGCCAGUUGUGGAGAGGGCUAUGGAGGUGUGGCCAUCACUGGUGAAGUAUGUGGGUGCAGUGAGGAUGAAGAAGGUUCCAAACCCUGGAACAGCCUCCUUUGACAUCAUAGAAGCAGCCCGGGCAGAUCCGCUCAUCUUGCCCAAGCUACACUUCUUCAUGGCUAUCUCAAGGACCUUCACUCCCUUCCUGACAAAGUACCAGACUGACGCACCAGUCAUGUGAUUCCUUUGCAAAGACUUGGCUGAAUUGUUCAAGAGUGUGCUUAGGCGUUUUGUCAAGAGGGAGCAUCUCCACAACAUCACUCCACUUCAGCUUGUCAGGCUGGAUGUCACUGAUCAGAAGAGCUGGGUCAACCUGAAGGAAGCUGACAUAGGCUUGGGUGCUGAGGCAGCCCUCAAGUACCUCCAGAGAAAGAACAGCGUUUAGGAAGGACUGCGUUAAGGGUAUGUCAAAUAUCCUAAAGAAAGUCCAGGACAAGAGCCCCCUGAAGUACCCCAUCGUGAGACAGAUGGCAUGUCUGGACCCCACAGUCAUGUACACCGACCCAGAUUGGUGCCAGGGAAAAAUGAGAAAUGUAGUGCACAAGUUUCUGCAAGACAAGCAGUUGUCCGGAGGUGUCUCUGCUGGUGAUGUGAUUAUCCAACAGUUUGGGAACUUCCUGUCUGUUGAGGCCAAAAGCGAGCACUUCCUGUCCUUUCGGCCCAUAGAAACCAGGCUUGAUGUGUUUCUGCAUGGCUUCCUGAGCCAACCCUACCCUGAGCUCUGGAGUUUCUGUCAAAAGCUUCUACUCUUAUCCCAUGGGCAGGCUACGGUCGAGAGAGGCUUCUCCAUUAACAAGGAGGUGGAGACUGUUAACCUUCAGGAGGACACUGUCAUUGCCCAGAGACUAGUUUGUGACUAUGUUGCAGUUUGUGGGGGCAUUGCCAAUGUCCCUCUCACCAAGGAGAUGCUGACCUCGGUGAGAUCAGCAAGGUCAAAAUACAGAGAACACCUUGACCUGGAGAAGAGGAAGAGGCAAAGCGCUGCACAAGGGCAGAAGAGAAGAGCUGCAGAAGACCACAUCACUGAGCUUAAAAAGAAGACGCAAACUCUCCUGGAGGUAUCUGACUCACUGGAGAAGGAUGCAGACAGGUUUGCUGAGCAAGCUGAGGGGAAGUCCGGCACCUUGAUGGCUCAGCUCAUCACAAAGUCAAACGUCCUCAGAAAAAGAUAUAAAGAAAAAAUGAGUGAGCUGAAAAAAAUAGAGGCAGAACUGGAGAUCAAGGCCACAGAACUGAGGCUCAUGUCAUGAGUGUGUGUUCAGUAGAUGGGUUUUUUUGUUAGAUGUUUACGACUAAAUAAUUGCACUUGAAGCUAUUGAACCAGAGCCCACACUUCUGUUUGACAAAAUGUAUAUUUUGUUUUGUAUUGGUUAUCCUUGUGUAUAGAGGCAGAACUGGAGAUUAAGGACACAGAUCUGAGGCUCAUGCCAUAAGUGUGUUCAGUAGAUGGGGUUUUUUGUUGGAUGUUUACGACCAAAUAACACAGCACAGCACUUUGUAUUGAGUAUCAUUUUAUGCUCAAUAAACAGACAAAAAGUAAACUUGAAUGAAUCUCAUUGAGUGACACACAUGCUAUGCUUCGGUUAUAGUACAGCGGGAUCCCCCAACCAUCGCUUAUAUUUAUAUUUUUUUCUGUCUUAAAUUCCAUUCAAGGUGGCAUUAAAAAGGUCUUAAAAAGUCUUGAAUUUAACUUACUGAAACCUGCAGAUACCCUGCUAGCUGUCAUUCCAGACAUAUUCCUACCACACGUUUCUCACCAAAGUUGUACUAUCUCAUUCAUGGCUUAUUUCUGUCAUAUACGUAACUAUGCACAUAUCCAUUCCAUAGUCUUUCACAUUUGCUUUAUGUGCAUUUCUCUAGCUAUGCAUCUCCCCUUAAUUUUCUCUUUACUUAUUUAUUAGAAGCCUGUUGCCUGCUGGUAAGGUAAAGAUCACCUCAUGUCAAAUGGUCGGUCGUCCCUCUCCCUCCUUAGUCUUUUUUUGGGGGGAUUCCCUAUUCGACUAUGGAUUCAUCACCCUCCUUAAAUCAAACCAUCUCUACAGGGUCUAAUCUUUCUACAUUCUUAAUCAUACGUUCACAUGUUAAUAAAUAUUCUUUUACCAAAAAAACAAGUCUCUCCUGAUUGAACUGAAGCUCAGCAUAAGUUCAAUCAGGAAGACCUUCUCUAUGCUCAGCCUUUCACAUUUCUCUCCAUUCCACUCUCACUACUCCCUCUAAUCAGCUGACUAUGGGUGUUCACUCCUCUAGUUAUCCAAUCACACUUUGCCACAAUCUCUCAGCCAAUCAGGAUGCCACUGCAAAAUUUUAAAUCUGCUCUCUCUUCUGCUGAUGCAGCCAUCAUUUUAGGCAGAAUCUUUGCACCCUCCUCCACCCCGUUCAUCUCCAGCCAUCGUAUCCAGAGUCCAGGACAAGCUCUCAAAGACUCAUUCCUUCUCUCAUCCAUCAUUGGCACUUUUUCAUCUUCCUCUCAUCUCAUCUUCACCACUUCUACCACCACCAGCGUCUAGACCCUGGGGGGUUCCCUAUUCGACUAUGGAUUCAUCACCCUCCUUAAAUAAAACCAUC